GUUUGAUUUCUAAGCUAGACUAACGUUAUCCGUUAUCCGCCUCUUCAGUUCGUUCGAUUUGCCUUUAUCGUUUCACGUUUGCGUUAACAAGCCAACAACAACAGCAACAACAACACAGCUCCAGAAUGAACUACUUUCUAUAUAUACACACAUAACUCUAUGAACUCUGUCUCUCUAUCUCUAAAUCUCUCUAUCUCUGUAUAUCUCUGUAUAUCUCCUCUAUCCAAUCUAUCUGUCUGCUGACCUCUGUCUGCGAUUUCCACUGCUGUAAUCUUCUGUCUAGCCUCUGUCCCCUUCCUCAAAUCUCUUGCUCGCUUCUGUUGUAAAUAACUAUAUUAUCCUAAAGUAAUCAAAAAAAAAAAACAAAAAGGACACUUGUUUCGUUUCCCACCCUCACGCUCUGCGUGAUUGUAAAUGUUUCGUUGUCGCGAUUUGACAAAAAAUUAAGUUACUCCGUGAUAUUUUUAAAUCUUUCCAAGCUUUUGAGGGCGUAAGAACUGGAAGAUGUGAUAGUUGCCCAAAAUAUAUUUUAAAUACAUUUAAAAUUACAUUCUUUCCAAAAUAAAAAAAAAAUAUUUUACUUUAGAUAUAAUCCAAUCUUUGAAUAUUUCUGGAAAACUAUAACUUCCACUUCUUACGCCACUCGCAAGCUGCAUUUCUCCUAGUCCUGUCGACCAGUGUCAUUUUGUGAAUACGUGUACAAAGUUUGAAUACCGCACAUGAAUCCAUGGCAUGUAAAUUGUCCUACAUUUGUUUGUUUUCUUCAUUCAACAACUAGCUUGCGCAUGUGUUUUGUCGUUUUUGAACUUUUUAACUUUCCCGCCUAACUGUGUAUAAAAUACCGAUUAACGUUUGCCAACACUGGCCAACUGAUCGUGACCAGGUGGCCACGCUACGCACUGGUAAGACCGUACUGCCUGCAAUGCCUUGGCAUUUUACGCGAUCUGUGACUGGGGUCACACUAUUGCCGCCAAAAAAAAAACAUUUCUUACUCGCCUCGCUAUUUAAACCUUAAAAACAGCAUUAUCGAAUAGUUUAUUGAAGUCGGGGCCUAAUUGGGGUACAUUUAACCGUGUAAACGUGCCGCGCGUACGCAAUGAGCAGUGAUAAAGUGAAAAACGGCAACGAGCCCGACGAGUCGGAGGAAUCAUGUGGCGAUGAGUCGGCCAGCUACACCACCAACAGCACCACCUCGCGCAGCAAGUCCCCGUCGUCCAGCACGCGGAGCAAGCGCCGCGGACGCCGGAGCACCAAAUCGAAGCCAAAGAGCCGCGCCGCCUACAAAUACGACACACACGUGAAGGAGAACCACGGUGCCAACAUCUUUGGCGUCGCCUUCAACACGCUGCUGGGCAAGGAUGAGCCCCAGGUCUUCGCCACGGCGGGCAGCAACCGGGUGACCGUCUACGAGUGCCCGCGACAGGGCGGGAUGCAGCUGCUCCACUGCUACGCAGAUCCGGAUCCCGAUGAGGUAUUUUACACCUGCGCCUGGUCGUACGACCUUAAGACCUCUGCGCCGCUCUUGGCCGCGGCUGGAUACCGCGGAGUCAUCAGGGUUAUUGACGUCGAGCAGAACGAGGCGGUGGGCAACUACAUCGGCCAUGGACAGGCCAUUAACGAGCUGAAGUUCCAUCCGCACAAGCUGCAGCUUUUGCUGUCGGGCAGCAAGGAUCACGCGAUUAGAUUGUGGAACAUCCAGAGUCACGUGUGCAUUGCCAUCUUGGGCGGAGUGGAGGGACAUCGCGACGAGGUGCUAUCCAUAGACUUCAAUAUGCGUGGCGAUCGCAUUGUGUCGAGCGGCAUGGAUCACUCGCUGAAACUGUGGUGUCUGAAUACGCCCGAAUUCCAUCACAAGAUCGAGCUGUCGAAUACUUUCAGCCAGGAGAAGUCAACCCUGCCAUUCCCCACGGUGACCAAGCAUUUCCCCGACUUUUCUACGAGGGAUAUACACAGGAACUACGUGGACUGUGUGCAGUGGUUUGGCAACUUUGUGCUGUCCAAGUCCUGCGAAAAUGCCAUUGUCUGCUGGAAGCCGGGACAACUGCAUCAGAGCUUCGAGCAGGUGAAGCCAAGCGACUCCUCCUGCACGAUCAUCGCGGAAUUCGAGUACGACGAAUGCGAGAUCUGGUUCGUGAGGUUCGGCUUCAAUCCGUGGCAGAAGGUGAUCGCCCUGGGCAACCAGCAGGGCAAGGUGUAUGUGUGGGAGCUGGAUCCCAGCGAUCCGGAGGGCGCCCACAUGACCACCCUGCACAACUCGCGCAGCGUGGCCACGGUGCGUCAGAUCGCCUUCUCCCGCGAUGCCAGCGUGCUGGUCUACGUGUGCGAUGACGCCACCGUGUGGCGAUGGAACCGCAGACAAGCGACUUCCAUUUGAUGGCGCAUCAGGGCGCAACCACAAACCAAAUCUCUCGUGGCCAAAACUUACAACAUUUCCCUCAUUUAGUUCCUAGUUGAUUAGCCUUAAGAUACAUUUACAGUGCUUACUGCCUCAAAUUAUAACUAAUAAAUCCAAUUAUAAGUUGGGUGAGGUUUCAAGAUGUAAUAAUGAACAGUUGUUAAUUCAAUUUACUGAUUCCUUUAUUUAUUGCAAAUAAAGUGAAGACAGUACACUUUCAUAUGCAUACCUCACAUUAAAGACAUAUGUAUUAUCUGCUUAACUAGAA